UUCCAGCGAAAGUGCUGGGCCUAAAAGCGGAGUUUUCAACCAGCAACAACAACAAGAGCGCACAACAAACGAAAAGUGUGGAAAAAACAAAAUUAAAUUGAAUUAAGUUUUCCGAUUUAUUGCGACUCAUCGUGGACAUGUGCGUGAGGGAAGCGGCUACGAUUUUCUUCGCGGAGCCCGAGCUGGUGGUCGGCCUUGGCCGCAGGGUGCUGUUCGUGAACCCCGACGACCUGCAGAUAUUCAAGGAGAUCGAGCUGCCGCCCGACCUUGGCCUGCGCGGCCAGGGCUCCCGGGAGUCCUGUCCAGCCCCUGCACCAGCCCCAGCCCCCUCCCCAGCCACAGCCCCUGGCCCUGGCCCGGGCGGCGAGGAGCAACAGCUGGCUGCCGCUGCAGCUGCUGCCGGCAAGCAGGCGGAGGAGAAGGCCUCCGGAUCUGGCGCGGGCACGGGAAACGGAAGCGCCGCAGUGCAGAACGUGGCCUACUCGCCGGACGGACAGCUGCUGGCCGUGACCACCAGUGGGGGGCAGAAGGCGCUGCUGCUGUACCGCACGCGGCCCGAGAACGCGCGCCUGCUCUCCGCCCGCCCCCUGGCCCGGGCGGCCAGUGCCCUGCGCUUUUGCAGCGACAGCAGCUCCGUCCUGGUCACGGACAAGACGGGCGACUGCUACCAGUACGACUGCGUCGAGGUGGAGGCCGCGCCGCGCCUGCUGCUGGGCCACCUGAGCGUGGUGUACGACAUCCUGUGGUCGGAGGACCAGCAGCACAUCAUCACCUGCGACCGGGACGACAAGAUACGCGUGACCAACUAUCCAGCCACCUUCGACAUCCACAGCUAUUGUCUGGGCCACCGCGAGUUCGUCUCGGGCCUGGCCCUGCUCACGGACAGGCACAUCGCCUCCGCCUCGGGCGACAAGACGCUGCGCGUCUGGAACUACAUCCAGGGCAAGGAGCUGCUGCAGCACGAGCUGCCCGCCCCGGCGGUUCGUCUGCUGGUGCGGCAGCUGGAGCCGGAGAGGGUCUACCAGGCGGCGGUGCUCUUCUACGACCACGUGGACGCCCUGGGGCUGUACCGCUUGGAGCGCGGCGCCGCCGACGACGACUCCUGGAGCGUCACGGCCACGCAGCUGGUGCGCGCCGAGGCGGGCACCUGGAACAUUAGCAACUUUACUUUAACCGCCGACCGGAUCUAUGUCACCGGCGCGGAGAACGAGCGCUUGAGCCUGCGGGUCUACGAUAUCGCCACGGGCCAGCGGGCGGCCAGCGGAGUGCCCGAGGGCUGGCUGAAGAUGGUGCUGGACGGGCUGGGCGCCAACGAGGAGGGCGGGCCUCCCUUCAUUCCCGAGGACCUGUCCGUGUGGUUCAAGAAGCGCUUCGACAACGUCAGCGACUACCUGGAGCGCAAGAAGCGGCGCAUCGAGGAGCAGCAGCAGCAGAAGUGCGGCUAGUCGCGAUGAGGACGACGCAUCCCAAAGGAAAUCACAUGGAACCCUAAUGUUUACAUAGCAUUUAAUUAGCAUAUGGAGCAGACGCAACGGACUAUGUGUGACAGGCCUGUUGUGGGCAUUAUAAUAUAUAUCUGUAUAUGUGUGUAA